AUGAAUCAUUGCAUUCCAAACCGUCGUUUAAGGCCUUUCGCAAACGUUGUUAAUAGCGGGUUCGUUGUGACUUCUCCUCUAGCUGGCGAAUAUGUCCAUUAUGUUUUUUGUGAUAAAAAUAGCCCUCUAUUUAAAAUGCCAAUUAAAUUAUUUCGAUGCUCAGAAUAUAUUGGAAUGAAAAAUACCGAAAUAAUUCGUCGUGAACGUACUCUUGAAUUUGGUGAUGGAAUUUAUUUUACUUCUGACAAUCGAGGGGUGGUUUUAGAUUAUGAAAAAUCAAUGAAGGUUUAUGAAACAAAUUGUAAUUAUGAUAAAAAUUUGGUAGGAAUUCUUUGGAAAGAAGUCUUAAAAUUUUUUUUGAAGAUUAAAACAAUUUGUGUUUUACCUCCAUUUGGGCACGCAAUGAAAAUUUGGUCGGAACUUUUUGGGAAUAUUCAACUUUCAAAGGAAAAAUGGAAUGAAGCAAAUUUACAGGAUUGGAAUGAACAAAAAACAAAUCCAAAUACAAGUAAAUAUACUUGGGAUACAACUGAUGACGAAGAAGAUAUAAAAAAUGUUAUUGUUGAAAAGAAGGAAGGAGAAGUUUUGGAUGUAAAACUUAAAUUGGAAGGUUAUUUAAUUGGAAGAAGAGAAUUAUUUUGUCCAGAACUUCGUCAUAAUCGAGUAAAUAUUGGUCUAUGGGAAAAACAUUUGAGUAAAUUUGAAAAUCUUCCUUUGGGGUCUAAAUUUCGUUUUGAUGCUUAUUUCAAUGAUAUUCUACAAAUUUAUAUUGUAAAUUUUUCUGAAUAUUUUUUAAAAUCAACUAAUUACUUUAAAAUUAAAUAG